AUGGCGGCCCCCGGAGCGCGCGGCGCGAGCCUCUCGGGCCUGCUGCCCGCGCAGACCUCGCUCGAGUACGCCCUGCUGGACGCCGUCACCCAGCAGGAGAAGGAUGAGCUGGUCUACCAGUAUGUGCAGAAGGUGGACGGCUGGGAGCAGGACCUAGCGGUGCCCGAGUUUCCGGAAGGAUUAGAAUGGCUGAACACAGAAGAACCUCUUUCUAUCUACAAGGACCUGUGUGGAAAAGUGGUUAUCCUUGAUUUCUUCACCUACUGCUGCAUUAACUGUAUUCAUGUGUUGCCUGAUCUCCACGCCCUGGAGAGCAGAUUCUCUGAUAAAGAUGGCCUUCUGAUUGUCGGUGUUCACUCAGCUAAGUUUCCAAAUGAAAAGGUCCUGAGCAAUAUCAAGAGUGCUAUCCUUCGAUACAACAUCACCCACCCUGUGGUUAAUGACACAGAUGCCAGCCUUUGGCAGGAGCUUGAAGUCUCUUGUUGGCCAACACUGGUCAUACUGGGACCCCGUGGAAACCUGCUGUUUUCUUUGAUUGGAGAGGGAAACAAAGAUAAACUAUUUUCAUAUACAUCUAUCGCUUUAAAGUAUUACAAAGACAAGGGACAGAUCAGAGAUGGAAGAAUUGGAAUAAAACUCUUUAAAGAGUCUCUGCCACCUUCACCAUUGCUGUUCCCUGGCAAAGUAGCGACAGACCAUGCUACUGGCCGACUGGUGGUAGCAGACACCGGGCACCACAGGAUCUUGGUCGUCCAGAAGAGUGGGCAGAUUCAGUACAGCAUUGGAGGACCUAAUCCUGGAAGGAAAGAUGGGAUGUUUUCAGAGUCGUCUUUUAAUUCUCCACAGGGUGUAGCUAUAGCAGGUAAUACCAUCUAUGUGGCCGACACUGAAAACCACCUUAUAAGAAAGAUAGACCUAGAAGCUGAGAAGGUGACCACUGUAGCUGGAGUUGGUGUUCAAGGAACAGACACAGAAGGGGGCGAGGAGGGAGACAAGCAGCCCAUCAGCUCCCCAUGGGAUGUUGUGCUUGGGACCUCAGGUUCAGAGGUCCAAAGAAAUAACAUUCUGUGGAUAGCCAUGGCGGGGACUCAUCAGAUAUGGGCACUUUUCCUGGACUCUGGCACACUGCCAAAGAAAAGUGACCUAAAAAAAGGAACCUGCCUUCGUUUUGCUGGAAGUGGAAAUGAAGAAAACCGAAACAACGCAUAUCCUCACAAGGCAGGCUUUGCCCAGCCGUCAGGCCUCGCUCUCGCCUCAGAAGAGCCCUGGAACUGCCUUUUUGUGGCCGACAGCGAGAGCAGCACCGUGAGGACCGUCUCGCUGAAAGAUGGAGCCGUGAAGCACCUUGUAGGCGGAGAGCGAGACCCCAUGAAUUUAUUUGCUUUUGGUGAUGUUGAUGGAGUAGGCAUCAGUGCGAAGCUUCAGCAUCCACUUGGGGUCGCCUGGGACGAGGAGCGGCGUCUGCUCUAUGUGGCGGACUCCUAUAACCACAAGAUUAAAGUUGUGGAUCCAAAAACAAAAGGCUGUAAAACGCUGGCGGGGACUGGAGAUGCCAAAGACACCAGUUCUAGUUUUGCGGAGUCAGCCUUUAAUGAGCCCGGAGGCCUCUGUAUCGGUGAGGGUGGCCAACUGUUGUAUGUAGCAGACACUAAUAAUCACCAAAUUAAAGUAAUGGAUUUAGAAGCAAGAACAGUUUCUGUGCUCCCAGUCUUCAAGUCUGACAGUGCUGUGGUAGACGGCUCCUUCCCUAGAGAGAAACAGAAGCCAGUGCCCACGGUGCCGAGGUCUGCUCCGAGCAUUAGCCUCCCCCCUGUGACGGUGCAUCCUGGCCAGGCUCUGCAGCUCAAGCUCAAGCUGGAGCUUCCAUCAGGGGCAAAGCUGACCGAAGGCGCACCUAGCUGCUGGUUCCUGAGAGCUGAAGGCAAUGAAUGGCUUCUUCAAGAACAAGUCCCAUCUGGAGACAUAGAGAAUAUUUCCAAUCAACCGGCCAUCUCCCUGCAGAUUCCUACCGAUUGCUUGUCACUGGAGGCUGUGGUGUCUGUCGUCGUGCUUCUUUAUUACUGCAGUGCAGACAGCAGUGCGUGCAUGAUGAAGGGAGUGGUAUUUAGGCAGCCUUUGCAGAUAGCCAGCACCCAGCCAGCUUGUGCAGCUCCUGUAGAGCUCACACAUGUGUUCUAGAAAGCCAGCCAGCCCUCAGCACAGGCCCUGUCCAUCCUGCCGUUCGCUCAGUUGUAACAACUGAUACCAAAAUAAAGCUGUGCUCCUUAUUAAUAUUUUAAUUCUAAACAAAUGUCUUCAUUUUAGCUGUGCUGGCCGAGUCAUUGACCAUCAUUAAAACACAGCACUGUAAGCUUGGCUGUUAUUGACACAAGGUGACAGUCCAUGUUCUAUCAGAGAAUAUUAUAUAUGUAGUCGAAACUAAUCAUGCCAGAUAGUUUAAACAACUUCUUCUGCCUUUAUCAGUGGCAGUCAGCCAUUCCAUGUGUAAAUUUCCAGUAACUGUAGACAGGCCUAAGCUGGGCACCUUUGUAUCAGGACACCUGCCAGUUAGUGUCUGAGGUCUGCUUAAAACCAGAACAAAACGUUGUCAUUCAGUAGAAGCUUAGCGAGACUAGGAAUAGUUAUCGCCUGUGAUUUUUCUCACUUGAGAUAUUUUUAAAAGAGAGUUUUAAUCUAUUUUUAUUAUAAAUUAUUUGUUUUAAUGUUCCAUUAUUAAUGCCUUAUAACUUUAUAUAAAAAAGAAAAGUAUAUAGACUUUCUAAGGGCAUGCAGCUAUUUUUUAAUGAGCAUAUUCCUAGCAGGCAAUGUCGAGAUCCCCAGAGACAUGCUGACUUUUGGGGUUGGCCGGAGCCUCUGCUGCUUUACUGUGUGUGAUAGUUUAUUGUAAUGGCUGGGCUUGAUGUCAGUCAGCACUGUGUUAGUUUGGAAAUCCACAUUUCAGUUUUAAGAGUUAAGUAACAGAAUUGUUGGGUUUGAGAUUUUUGUUACUAUUUUGGUUCCCAUAUUUAGAAUUUAAAUUAUGAUCAUUAAUUCUGAUAUUUUGAAAAAUCACAUGUAAACCUUUAAUUUGCUAUUCUCAGUGUAAAAUAUUUUAAUGUAAUUGACAGGUAUAGUUAUACUAUUAUACUCCCAUUUAAAAUAUUAGGGCUGACACACACAGUGAUUUACUGAUACUGUUUUGGUAUUUGUUUUCUUUAAGCCCAAGAAACAGCACUGGAAGGGAUUUUGGAGAGGUUUGGUUUUCACUGUUACUUUAAGUAUCAUAGGUUAUUAUCAUAACUGUUUAAGAGCCUUGAUUUUCUAAAGCUGAGUCAACAUAUUUUUUACUAAGAUUAUAAGAUUUCAGAAGCAUUAUUUGAGCCCUGCCUAUAAAUUCAAUGAGUAUCUAUCUGUAAACGCUGCCUCCCUUCCCUCCACAGAAGUACUAGAUUUGAAGUGCAGUCAUUUAAGCAUAGUCUUCCCUAUUUACUGAUUGAUUUUUGAAGUAGUUCUUUGAUAGAUAACAUUUGCUUGUUUUAUUGUUCAGUUAGUUAAAAAAAAAAUCUGAAGUAAAAACUUCAUGACUUCAAUUAGUAACUUGCAAAAGCUCUUUCUCAGGAGCAGUGUGAACGUAAAAGGGAAGGGAUCUUGUUUAGAGUUACACGUGGUUACCUCAGAAGCCUUUGCCUCUAGAACCAACCAGAGCAGAGGUUCUGCCGCUCCAGUGUGACGGUCUGUGGUGAGGGCGGGGAGAGCGUUCCGGCCCUGUGGAUGGGUUGGAUUCUGCAUUUCCAGUUGGACAGGAUGAGAAUAUUUUGGCUCAGUCAUUUCCUGUUUGAGGACAUAAACAGUUUUACUCUGUAAAACAGGGUUUAUACAGUUUAACUUGUGCGGUAAUUACUUUUCACUCUGAGAACACAAGCAUGGGUUCUGUAGUUGGAAUCCCUUGGUCCCCUUUGCCUGGGUAGGCUAUUCCUUGAGUCUUGAGGGACUGAGAGGAUCUCGAAGCUGCACAGGGGCUGUACCCCCCCACCCCACCCCGUCCCUCCUCUCCACACUGCUGCUCACAUUAGAGUGUUAGUGCUGAAGGACGCAGAAAACCCCAAGUGAGCCGAGUACAUGGUUUUCUAGGAUCAGGAGUGACACAGAGUCUGACAGGGAGAAACAUUGCAGAAUUUAGUUGUAACACUUCUGGAGUUGCAGUGCCUUGUGUUUUCUUUGAGAGCUUUUUAGUUGUUCUGUGACCUGCCUGCCUUGGGGCUCACACACUAAGAGAAGUUAUUGGACCUGUUGUUUGCAGUGUUGGACAUUUGGGGGACACAAUGCAAACAUGUAACUAUAGUUUUCCACAUACAGGGUUGGCUGUGUCUAGCCAUUGAAAAGUCUCCAGCUUAGAUCUUGCCUUUGGAAUGGUGGUGCUUAAGACCAGUCACCAGAGAUUAGAGGUGUUAACUCAUUUGGAAGGUGUUUCUUUGGCAUGUGCAGAGGCCCUGGGUUCAAUCCUCGGGGGUGGGUGGGGGGAAUUAAAUCAUGGAAAGCUAAGUUUUGUAGUGAGCAGUGACAUAAAGCCACAUGCAGGGACCGUGUCACUGGAGCUCACGCUCUCACUGAAGUUCUGCCUCUGUGGUCUCCGUGGUCAGUACUGUAGAGGGUAAUCUAAGCUUCUCCGAGGUACAAGAUAAUCUGAAUUGUAAGCUUUUCUAAAGCCAUGUCUAGUACCAAAGAUGGCGGUCUGCUUUACAGUCCUUUCAUUUACCAGUUUCCUUUAAAGUUCAGGUUGGUGAGGACAGGGAUAAUUAUGCUAUUUUCUUGUUUAGCACAGUCUACUGGCAGGAGUAUAGACUCUAGCUGAGUCCAGCCCUGUAACGCCAGGCUGCUGUACCAAGCCCGGGCUUGCUGCCAGGCUUCAGUGAAGUGCUCACCCGGCAUUUAGCAUGGAGUAAUUUAUGAACUGCCACUUAUCAGUUUAGUUACUAAUAAUGACAAUAAUUUAUGGCCACAGACAUGGGCUUGACAUUUUCUUCACAAUUCCAGUUUCUAAAGCAAAAUAUUUCUCCACCAUUUGACAUGUUGGUAGUCCCAGUACAAUCUGGGCUGAAGAAGAAAAAGAACACUUUAUGGUAGAAUGUAUUACUGUUUCAUAAAAAAUAUUGUUUCUAAAGAAGCACCUCUCUACUAUAUUGAAUUAUUUGAAAAGUCCUUCUGGAACUUUAAUGAAUACAUUUUUUUUCAUAGAGGAUCCAGACUUAGCUGGAGACACAAUACACUCUUAACAUCUUGUAAGAAUCUUCAGAUUAUAACCUACGUACCCUAGGGUGGUGCUCCCACCCUGGGGUGGUGCUCCCUGCAACCUUCAGAGUACUUGAGAAUAAUAUUACAGACUAGGUAGGUGUGCAUGUUCCAGAAAAGGAAGCUGCUUUGGCAUGUUGGUAGCCUGUCUGGAGGUCAGGAAGCUCCUCGGAUAGUGCAGCGCCUAGAACAGAACCUAGUAUGCAGGUGCUGGGUGUCCUUGCUGACUCAAGUGUGGCCAUGAGCAGCAGAGCUUGACUGAGGCUCUCCUACAGAAUGGAAAGUGGUACCCACCCCGGCCUCCAGGACGAGGGGAAGGUGGGGACCCACCCCAGGCCUGCAGGGCGAUGGUGGAAGGAUGCUUACAUUCUUUGAGUUCUUGCCACUGGCUGGUUCUUUCCAAGUACUUUGUGGGUGCUGACCACAUGCAAUCCUCACAACAGCCUUAGGAUGGAGGAUGGUCCUUUCUCCUUGAAGCCAGGCCUUGAGCAGUUACCUCAGCAAUCAAGACCAUGCACUGAGGAAGUGGCAGAGCCUGGACAGUCGUCUGCACCACUGCCUGCUCCAUUGCCUCUCAGACUUUUGAGUUCACAUAUUUCAUACCUUUAUGGAGUAACAUCAAUCUAGAGGACUCCAGGAACCCUGGGAAUGAUUGUUUAUGAAAUUCAUUUAGAUUCAUUAAAGCCCACUUCUCAUAGAUUCUUAUCAUCUGGGCCUUGGAACGGUAUAUAUAGAUAAUCAUUGGUUCCCAGAGAAUUUUCUGGGCCCUUAAUUUCAGUAACUAUCCUGUUUUUUCUGGGCAGGAAUAUGUGUAGACAUCCCAGUUAGUUCAACAGGACUGUCCGAGCAGCCCGUCAUAAGAUCAUGGCUGGUGCAGGCCUUGAGAAGUCUGCCCAUAUCUGACACAAUGUGUUUUGUGAAGCAAGGUGAGGUGUGGAAGAGUAAGGCCCUCUGCCUUCCUGCAGCCUUAGUGAUCUGGUGCGCAUGCACCCCAGUGACUCAGGAAUUGUUCCCGAAAUCAGCGUGGCAGUGUGAGAGAGAGAGAGUGCCGUAUGGAUGCCAGUGGUGGUUUUUAGAAGCAUCCCAGUUCUGCAUCUGUUCGUUGUGAAAUAGCGAGAUCGUGAAGCAGUACUGGGGUUCAGUGAGGAGCACACUGCGUGUGUCAGAAAUGCCAUCUGAUCUUGACCAAGUGACAGAGGUCAUAUACCUUGAGGCAGAUCUCAGUGCUAAUCACGAAGAUUGCUUUUUCCACCUGUGUUUCAAAGCUGAUGUGAAGAAUUAGCACUCACCCGAGUCACUGUUUUACCCUGGCUUAAUAAAGUUUUCUUCUCUCCAGUUUCUUUGCAGUAGGGUAAUAGACAGGUCAUAAAAGUUAGAGACUUGGUAAUCAAGCCAUGUGGCAUUCUGUGACUAAUCAACCUUGUCUCCUGCUUGUGCCGACUUCUGUGGGCUGGUGUCACAGCUCUUGGGUGGCCGCUAUGGGCACACAGACUGGGCCAGAAUAGGACACAGCCCUGCCUGCAGGCUUUACUAGAAUAACUUUUGCCAUAGUGUGGUGCUUUGGUUUAAUCAUUGUCAGGGGUUAGAGUUGGAAAGCUAAAACCCUAGAUGCCUGUGGAAUGUGUGGCUAAGUGUAGUUACUCAUUGUCUGGUGUGUCCUUUCCUCCCCUUGUACGUCCCUCCCGUGUGCCUGUGAACACUGUUCUUCACAGCCUCCUGACCCUCUUCACAGCCUCCUGACCCAAAGGAAAGAACCACAAGUACUUUCCAAUACACCUCCACCGUGCCCACCUCAGCCGUGGGUUAAAAAUGAGCACUGACCUACACACUGUACCAGGCGUAUUCUGUGUCUGGCCUGGCUCAGAACUGGACACGAGCAGUACUGCUCAUUUAAAGUGAAAUCUGAAGCUGUAAGUAUGGUCCUCCAUACGUUGCUGAGUUUCAGAUUUCCACUUGAAAUAAAACAAAAGGGAGUUGAAGACCCACCCUCUGAGACACAGACAAUGUAAAGAGAAUUUCUAUUAUUUGGUACCUAGUUUCAUGAGAAAAUAUGUUGAGAUAAAUAAGAUAAAACAAUAAAUUAUAUCAGCGGGGGUGAAAAUGCAUAAGUUCCUAGCAUAGCCAUUGAGGUACUCAAAUGGGGAUGUGUUGCACUGAGUAUUUUCCUAAAAUUUCUUGUAACUUCUCAGUUUUCUAUAGCAGGGAACAGGACCCUGUGUGACUUCAGAUUGGCUUCUCUUUGAAGUAAGGCUUCCUCGCUGUAUGUACACGGGCUGAUGGCAUAGCUUUAGGUCCCUUUGUAGGAAACACCGUUACUGCCAUUAGUUACUUUAUGCCUGCUAUGGAGUUAAGACCUCCGUCAGUCUGUCACUCCUUCACGGUAUGCUUCAUAAACGAUCACAUUAGAGACUCUUCCCAUCUGGUGUGGAUAAAUGAUGUCACUUAGCUUGUGGCCCUAGAGGUGGUCCUCCGUGAUGACAUUGUGCCUAAGCAAUGCAGUGAAAAUCUAAUGUACAAGUUCAGACACUGGUAAUUCUAGACAUAUUUUAGUCCUGAAAGAAUUUCCUUGCUAUGCAUGUCAAACUGUUUGUAGAUGGAUUAAUAUAUUUUUAUGCAAUGUAUUUUUACACUUAUUUCUAGAUCAAACUCUUCAGCGGCUUCUUCAAGUGCAUUAUUGGCUAAGAGCCUGACAGCUUCACUAGCCCAGGAGGCUGGAGCUGAGGAUCUGGGAAGCACGAGUGUGUCUCUACUGUACUGCAAACUAGAGCUCUUCCAAAGCUUUGUACUUGUUUUUCACAAAACAGAUUAAAUAUUUUUCUCUCCAGA